GAUUUAUUUUUCAUAUUUUUGAGUUCAGAGUUCGUUGAUCGGACACAUCAUGCGCCGGGAAAUGGUGUUGCCGUUGUUCGUGCUCUGUUUCCUCGCCUCAGAUUUUGUUCGAACUGCCCAUUCAAUCUGGUUGAGCUUGCCUCCAUCUGUGACCAAGUGCGUCUCCGAGGAAAUCCAGAACAACGUCGUGGUUCUUGCUGAUUAUGUCGUCGUCGCCGAUCAAACUAAUGCCCCCACCAUUUCUGCCAAGGUGGCAUCGCCAUAUGGGAACGUUCUUCAUCACGCGGAGAACAUAACACAUAGUCAGUUUGCAUUUACAACCACUGAAGCUGGUAAUUACCUAGUCUGUUUCUGGUUGACUGACCAAAAACUUGAACCUGGUUUUGAGAUAAGUGUGAACCUUGACUGGAGAACUGGGAUUGCUGCCAAGGAUUGGGAAUCAGUUGCAAAAAAAGAGAAGAUUGAGGGCGUUGAACUCGAGCUACGGAAACUCGAGGGAGCGGUCGAAGCUAUCCAUGAAAAUCUACUUUAUCUCAGGGACAGAGAAGCAGAUAUGAGGACGGUGAGCGAGAGAACGAACGCACGAGUUGCGUUGUAUAGUAUCAUGUCGUUGGGUGUCUGCAUUAUUGCUUCUACUCUACAGAUAUGGUUCUUGAAGCGAUUCUUUCAGAAGAGAAAGCUUAUUUAGAGAACCUGUAAGUCUACUACUCUUCUUGCAGAAAGAGAAGUUUAAGUUAUCUACUUAUUUUGUUUUCCUUCCUCGUAAGAACUGAACUCUAGUUUCAGUUUUUGUUGUUCUUUGUUGCUUUGAAAGCUCUGAUAGAAUUUAGUGAGUUUUGAUUCUUAAGAUUCAAUGUUCUUCAUCCUUUCUAUGAUCAGAGGAUGUUUAGAGAAACUGAUGGUCAAAAUGUUUAGAGAUACCCACUAGAAACGUCAAUUUGUUUCGACAUUUGUCAUUGGCUAAUAAUUCAGAGGUUCGAGUCCUCCCAUCUUUA